CCUGGCGCAGAGCUUUUAUUGUUAAUUCAUACUUCAAAGAGAAAUGUCUCCUCAGAAGAAAGUCCUGGUGACCUGUGCCACGGGCAAUCAAGGCCGCGGCGUGGUACAGCAUUGUCUGGCUGCGGACCACCAAGUCUUUGCCUACGUCCGGGACCCGACCACACCUGCCGCCACUCAACUCGCGCAAUGGGGUGCCACUCUUGUGCCGGGCGAUCUAGACGAUCUUGAGGCCCUUCGCACCGCGAUGGAUGGCAUGAACUCCGUGUUUCUCACCGAGGUGCAGACCGGCGACUGCACGGCGGACCUGCAGCGGAGCAAAAAUGUCAUCCUCGCGGCGCAGGAGGCGGCAGCAGCAGCAGCCACUGUAUCCCAUGUGAUUCUGUCGACGGCGAUCAAGACGGGUCAGCAUGCGUCGUUUCCGGGAUGGGAAACCCCUGCCUCAGACUCCGAUGAUGAUCAUGCUCGUGCUCAUCCGAUGCGACAAUACUGGCUGAACAAGCACGCCCUGGAGACCCGUGUUCGUGCAGCAGCAGCAGCAGCAUCAGCAUCAGCAUCAGCAUCAUCAUCGGACGGCUUCAUCCGGCACUGGACGAUCGUGCGGCCAGGCCAUUAUUUGCAGAACCUGCUGCCUCCUGUUAACGCUCUCACAUUCCCCGAGUUCCAGCAAGACCGGGUCCUGAACGUGGCAUGGAAGCCCGACACGAAGCUGCCCUGGGUGGAUGCGGGCGACGUGGGGAUUGUGGUUGCGGCAGCCGUUGCAGACCCUGACCGUUACUCGCACCGGACCGUUGAUCUCGCCGUCGAGGCGCUUACAGUCGAGCAAUUGGCCGAGAAGAUUGGACGCGUCCUGCAUGAAAGCAAAGUGCAAGUGCGAUAUCGGUCGGAGGAAGAAGUGGAUGAGAUGAUCCGGCUGGGAAGUCCGGUGGCGGCUGCGCACCGAUGGGCGAAUCAGGUCCCUGGCGAGGACGCGGUGGGCAACUGCCAGGAUGAUCUGGGUGAGCUCGCCCAGCAUCUGACCUCGGUGGAUACUUUCUUGACGGCUCAUGCAUCGAGACUUUGAAUUUGGAUAGAAGCAUGAAAGCGGGUGUUAUCGAAGGGAACGGAAACCAGGAGAAUGAUGCCUGUUGCUACUCUAGAAGGAAUUGGCCACUAUGGGGUGAAAUGACCGCUUAAUCCGAAUCUGCCUAAGAACCCUCGACAUCAAAUGUGUAUACGUAUAUUCUUAGUGGUUAGUACUGAGUGAGUAGUUACACCUGUACCUCUCUAUGCUACUCCACCAUCGA